UUUCCUUUUCGUACAUCAGCAGCCCAGCCUAAAACAAUAGAAAUUGAAUUAUCCAUACGAAAGGUAAGCAUUAAAUAUUGAUCUUAGAUAAUGCAUUGAUUGGGUGCCGUUCGUAUUACGCGAAUUACGAAUGUAUUUAAAUUCAAGUAGAAACGAAUGACGGUUGUAAUCCUAACCUCAAAUCAAAGUAUCGUGAAAAAAUACUUCCACAAUUGUCAGUAAUCAACCACUUGUUGAUAUGGUGAUUAUAUUCAAUCAAUUCAGAACUGAAUUAUUAUAACUGACGUAUGAGCACGCAAAUGACGGUGUCAGUAUGUUGAACACCAUCUGUGACUGGAGCUCGCCUGAAGACAUAGCGAUAGAGUAUCAUAACUCGGAGACAAUUAAGAAGAUCAGUUAUUCCGAGCUUAGCGAUGCAAAAGUAAAGAUUGAAGCUGUGUUAGCAGGUGCUGUUAAAAACCAUCAAUUUGUGGGGAUAAAUUGUGACGUAAAAGCUCCAAGCAUCCCUGCUCUGAUCUUGGGAAUCCUAUCUCAAGGAUCUGCAUUUGUGAAUUUGCCAUCGACAGGUGUAAGAGAAAUUUCCUCUAGGAUUGGACUAUCAUUUGCAUUUUCUCAAUCAGUACUCUCUGGGGCAAAUUCCCUAUGCGAAGUCGACGUACACGGAGAAACGGUUAAAUUACUAGAGUUGGAAACUAUCGAUGGUACAAAUAACAUAGACAAGAAUGAAUUCGCGUUCGCUAUAACGACAUCAGGCUCAACAGGAAUACCAAAAGUUGUGAAAGUUCCUCAUGCUUCUAUAGUGCCUAACAUUUUAGAACUAAAGCAAAUUCUCCGCUUAUCAAAACAUGACAAAAUAGCACAAUUAACGAAACUGACUUUUGAUCCUAGUAUAGUAGAGACGUUUUUGAGCUUGUCUAGCGGCAGUACGCUGUUCGUGGUUUCAAAAGAAGUCAUUAAUAACCCGUAUAAAUUAUUGAACUUGAUUUUUGAACAUGAAGUUACAUUCUUGCAAACCACACCAUCACUGUGGCUGUACAGAUGGAGUGAGCAUCAAUUAGGAAACACAAUCUUUGGUAGGGAGAGCAAAUUGAAAGUGUUACUUCUUGGCGGUGAACCUUUGCCUAAAGUCGAAAUGUUCAGAACUGUAAAACACCCAAUUAAUCAGACUAAGAUUUACAAUAUUUACGGUAUAACUGAAGUAUCUUGUUGGGCGAGUAUAAAUGAAAUUAAUAUAAAUCACAAUGAGGUUGAAACCUCACCUAUGAUCAAUCAAUAUCUGGGGACACCAUUUUCCGAGACCAUUUUUCAAGUGAGAAGUGAGAAAGGCGAUAUCGUUUGUGACGGCGAAGGUGUCUUGUACAUUGGAAGUGAUACUAGAGUCUGUGCGAUUAACAACGAAGAUUUGAAACACUUGGAAACACCGGUCUUUAGGAAAACUGGAGAUUUAGUUGAAGUAAAGGGAAACAGGGAGUUUUUUUAUAAAGGUAGAUGCGACAGGACUGUUAAAAGGUUUGGUAAUAGAGUAGAUUUAACUGAGCUAGAACAAACGGUGUCAAAAUUGAAUUUUGUGAAAAAUUGUCUUGUAAUGUGGGAUGAGAAACAGCAUGCGCUCUAUCUGUGCAUUUCUACCACGAGCCUAAGAGCAGCUGGUGGUAAAUUUACCGACGAAUUGAAAGUGCAAGAAGAACUUGAUAAUGAGCUUCGUAAACUACCGUCUUUUUACCAACCAAAUAGAAUAAAACUUUUUAAUACUUUUCCACUGACUAUAAAUGGAAAAAUCUGCACCAGAAGUUUGAUGAAAACUUUUGAAACUACAGAGAAAGGUCGUGUCCAAAAUAGCCAGAAAGCGAAUGAUUCAAAAUUAGUAAGAAAAAUAUUAUUGCAACUCUGGAAAAACGAUUUAAAGUCAACAAUCGAUUCUGGAUUUUUGGACAGUGGUGGGAAUUCUGUAAAAGCAAUGCAGAUCGCCAACGAACUUUCUGCAGCAUCAAAGAUAGAGUUCCCUGAAUUAAUUGGUUUGUUAUUAAAAAAUGAAACGCUGGCUAACUGCAUGGAUUACGUACUUCAAAAAAUUCAAUCUUCUGUGCAAAUAACUAGUAAUGUAGACAAUAUUGUCAGUUCAAGUUCCAGCUACACACAAUUUGCAAUGAAUAAAAAAAGAAAGUAUGAUGUUAUACAGCCCAAAAAAUAUUCACAUCCUAACUUAUGUUUGUGGCAAAAAUGUAGAGGAAGAGUGACUGGAGAGAAUGAUGAAAACUAUCUUCUCCCAAGCACAAAUUUGAAUCUGAAUAUUCGUUCACAAUUAAUUGUGGAAUGUACACAAGACUUGAAGAAAUGUGUUGACGCAUCGCCGACUAUAUUCAAAUACUCUAGUGGUGAAAUCUAUACAUCUGUAGGUUCCCAUGCGGGUCUAAUCCUGACUAAACAACUGAAUAGUCACGAUUCAAUUACUUAUGAAAUAAAUCUGCCAGAUAGAAUUGAAGCCUCAGUUCUUGUUCUGGAUGAGUUUAAAGGAAUUGUUGGGUGUUACGAUGGAUACGUGUAUUGCCUGAACUUGAAGAGUGGGCAAAUAAUUUGGAAAUACAAAACUGGAGACACUGUCAAGUGCACCGCAGCAACAAGUAGUAAUGGAAAAAGUGUUUUUGUAGGAUCGUAUGACAAAUAUUUUUACAAUAUCUCUAUAGAAGAUGGUCAAGAGAUAUGGAGAUUUAAAUGUAGCGAAGGCAGCAUUUCAGCUACUCCUUGUACCUGUCUGAGGGCAUGUUCAGUUCUGUUUGGAACUCUCGAUGGGACUUGCAUGUCAUUGAACCAGACUUCUGGAGAAAUAAUUUGGAAGUUCAAAUUCAAUGAUCCAAUAUUUUCUGCCCCAGCAAUGCUAGAAAAUGAAGACAUCGUGUUCUGUAGUGUUUCGGGAGAAAUGAAGUGCUUUAAUUCAGAAACUGGUCACGAGAAAUGGAAUUAUAAAAUUGAUGGCAAUGUCUUUUCUCACUUGGUGAUGAGAAAAAACUGCUUUAUGAACACCGAGGAGCUAAUCAUUGGAUCCAACAAUAAAAGUGUUUACUGUCUCUCCAUACAAACGCUUUCAUCGACCCCAGUUCUGAAAUAUUCAGUUACUUUUGAAUGUCCAAUAUUUGCGACACCCUACUGUGAAAGAGAUGUUUUAAUCGUUGCUGAUACAGGCGGUGUUUUGAGUUUUAUAAAUGCUUUUAAUGGUCAAGUUGUUACCAGCUUGAAAUUGGGUGGUAACAUAUUUUCAUCACCUGUAAUAAAUGGUGAAUUCCUUGUAGUAGGAUGCAGAGACAAUAAUAUGUAUGUUGUGAGAAUAGUUGGAUAAAUGAAAUUUGGAAAAAGAAAAACUAAAAAAUUGUGUUUGUAAAUGAAGAACGUUGAUGAAAAUAUCCAGAUUAUUUAAUAUAAUAUCAUUUAUUUUCGUAUGCCUCCCAAAUUACAGUCGUAAGUGUUUCAUUUUUCUCCAACAAUCUGUAGAGUAGAAUCGAUGUUCCAUUGAAUUCGUGUAAUAUCGUAUCAGUUUGUUUUAUACCAUGCAGCAUGUAAGCUUGACACAAAUUUUUGUUAAUCAAUUACUUUUUAAAAAAUAAUAUUCAUUCACUUAAAGUUCACGGUAUUAUUAUACACUCACAGUAACAAAGAAAUAUUCGUGCUCGCAAGCUCACCUAACAUAUUAGCAUAUUUAAAUUUAUUUAUUCAUUUAUUGGUAAUAUUACAUAAUUGAAUUCUUCGCUGCCCGACCACCCACUGGAGUGAUGUAUAAUAUACUUGUAAUUCAAUACAGAUAUUGUGAUUCACAUCAAUCAUCUUUUUUCUACAUGGUAUACCCACUCCGAUUUUUAACAUUAUGUAUACCCAAUAUUAUAAUUCACCUGCACUUAUAUUUCAAUAUGAUGAAUCAUUUUAGACUUCUCCAAUUAGUAUGUACUAUCGUCAUAAUCUAUUCCUACCGUGAGAGGCUUGCCGUAAUUACAUUCAAUGAGCAGACAUUUUUCAAUUUAUAACUUAUUCAUGUUGUGAGAGCCAAAAGGUAGCUUUCUGUUUCGUUACAAGUUGAUAUAAAUUACUCUGUCCUAUAAUGACUAUUCCCUAAUCAUUUACUUUGCAUAACAACAUUUUGUAAGUAGUUAAAAAUAUGAUAUAUAUAUUCGUAGUAACAUUAGCUUGGAAAACGUUU